AUGAGGCAGAGCACGGUCUCCUGGGAGACCAAGAAUUCUCUGACCCAAAAUGCGCAGGAUGCCAAGCUCAACCCCCUGUUCAAGAACAGCAGUCUGGGAUUCCUCUAUUCAGGCUGCACGCUAGCCUCGCUCAGGCCUGAGAAGGAUGGGGCAGCCACCAGAGUGGAUGCCACGUGUCUGCAUCGCCCCGACCCCGAAGGCCCUGGACUGGACAGAGAGCAGCUGUACUGGGAGCUGAGCCAGCUGACCCAUGGCGUUGCCCUGCUGGGCCACUACACCCUGGACAGGAACAGCCUCUGUGUCAAUGGUUUCACCCAUCAGAGCUCUGCACCCAUCACCAGCACUCCAGGGACCUCCACAGUACACCUGGAAACCUCUGGGACUCCAUCCUCUUUCCCCAGCCCCAGCCCCACAGAUUACACCCAUCAGGUCCUGACCUCCACCCCCGGCGUUACACCAGCCUCCACCAUCUCCCCAGCAACCUCAGCGACCCCCAUCCCUGCCUCCACAGCCACUGGUCCUGCCCUGGUGCUGUUUACUCUCAACUUCACCAUCACUAACCUGCACUACCAGGAGGGUAUGAGUCGCCCUGGUUCCGGGAGGUUCAAUGCCACCCAGAGAAACCUGCAGCGCCUGCUCGGACCCUUGUUCAAGAACACCAGUGUGGGCCCCCUGUAUUCAGGCUGCAGACUGACCUUGCUCAGGCCCGAGAAGGAUGGGGCGGCCACUGGAGUGGAUGCCGUCUGCACCCACCGCCCUGACCCCGUGGGCCCCGGGCUGGACAGAGAGCGGCUGUACCAGGAGCUGAGCCGGCUGUCCAGUGGUGCCACCAGGCUGGGUCCCUACACCCUGGACCCGGACAGCGUCUACAUCAAUGGUUACACCCACCCAGCUUCAGCCACCGCCCCCAACACCACUGGCCCCACUCUGGUGUCCGUCGCCCUGAGUUUCACCAUCACUAACCUGCACUACACUAAGGACAUGGGGCUCCCAGCUUCUUCCAAGUUCAACUCCACUGAGCGGAUCCUCCAGGACCGGCUCAGGCUUUUGUUCAGUAAGACCACUGUCGGCCCCCUCUACGCUGGCUGCAGACUGGCCUCGCUCAGGCUUGAGAAGGGCGGAGCAGCGACGGGAGUGGACAUGAUCUGCACCAUCCACUCUGACCCUGCGGGCCCCAGGCUGGACAGAGAGCAGCUGUACUGGGAGCUGAGCCGGGAGACCUAUGGCAUCACCCAGCUGGGGCCCUUCGCCCUGGACAGGCACAGCCUUUAUGUCAAUGGUUACACUUACGGAACCACAGCCCCGACCACCACUACUGGAGAGGUCAGCGAGGAGCCAUUCACACUGAACUUCACCAUCGACAACCUGCGCUACUCGGCGGAUAUGGGCCGCCCCGGCUCCCUCAAGUUCAACAUCACGGACAGCCUCAUGCAGCACCUGGUGAGAGGCCAGCUUCCCCGUGCCUUCCUCCACGACCUCUCUUCGGGGCUGUCACCAGCUCUGAGCACUGGCCCUCUCCUUCCUCUCCAGCUCAGCCCGCUGUUCCAGAGAAGUAGCCUAGGCGCCCGAUAUGCAGGCUGCAAAGUCACCUCACUAAGGUCUGUGAAGAAUGGUGCCAAAACAAGGGUGGACAUCCUCUGCACCUACCGGCAGCCCCCCAGCAGCCCGGGUCUGCCUGCCAAGCAGGUGUUCCAUGAGCUGAGCCGGCAGACCCAUGGCAUCACCCGGCUGGGUCCCUAUUCUCUGGACAAGGACAGCCUCUUCCUCAAUGGUUAUAAUGAACGUGGUCCAGAUGAGCCUCCUACAACUCCUGAGGCACCCACCACAUUCCUGCCUCGUUCAUCAACACCUGUGCAACCAGAAGCCACCACAGCUAUGGGACAUAAUCUGAAGAUGUUCACACUCAACUUCACCAUCUCCAACCUCCAGUUUUCAGUGGACACGAGCAAUGGCUCAGCUAUGUUCAGCUCCACCAAGAGGACCCUGCAGCGCCUGCUUGGAUCCUUAUUCCAGAAGAGCAGUCUGGGCCCCUUCUACUCAGGUUGCAGACUCAUCUCCCUCAGACCUGAGAAUGACGGGGCAGCCACCCAUAUUGAUGCCAUCUGCACCUACCGCCAUGAUUCCAUGGGCCAUGGGCUGGACAGAGAGCAGCUCUACUGGGAGCUGAACCAACUGACCCAUGGUGUCACCCAGAUGGGUUUCUACACCCUGGUCAGUGACAGCCUCUUCGUCAAUGGCUAUGCACCCCAGAGUUUAUCUAACCAGAGGGAGUAUCAGCUCAAUUUCCACAUCAUCAACUGGAACCUGAGCAGCCCAGACCCCGCAUCCUUGGAGUACACAGCCCUGUGGGGGGACAUUCAGGACAAGGUCACCAAACUUUACAGAGGCAGCCAACUACAAGACAUAUUCCGCUCCUGCCUGGUCACCAACUUGACGUUGGGCUCCAUGCUGGUCACCGUCAAGGCACUGUUCUCUUCCAAUGUGGACCCCAGUGUGGUGAAGAAAGUCUUUCUGGACAAGACUCUGAAUAUCUCAUCCCACUGGCUAGGCGCCACCUAUCAGCUGGCGGACCUGCAUGUGACAGAAGUGGAGCCACCGGCUUAUCUACCAACGGAGAAACCAACCAGCAGUCCCAGCCCCGAGCACUUCCAGCUGAAUUUCACUGUCACCAACCUACUCUAUUCCCAGGACAUAGCCCAGCCAGGUACCACCGAACACCAGCGGAACAAGAGAAGUAUUGAGAAUGCGCUCAACCAGCUCUUCCGAAACAGCAGCAUCAAGAGUUCUUUCUCUGGCUGUCAAGUUUUAGCAUUCAGGUCUGUCCCCCAUAGCAACCACACUGGGGUGGACUCCCUGUGUACCUUUUCACCAUUGGCUCGGAGACUGGACAGAGUUGCCAUCUAUUUGGAGUUCCUGAGGCUGACUAAAAAUGGUACCCAGCUGCAGAACUUUACCCUGGACAGAAACAGUGUCCUUGUGGAUGGGUAUUCUCCCAACAGAAAUGAUGUCUUGACUGAGAAUUCUGACCUCCCUUUCUGGGCCAUCAUCCUUAUCUGCUUGGCGGGACUCUUGGUACUCAUCACAUGCCUGGUCUGCUGCUUCCUGGUCACUGUCCGCCGGCGGAAGAAGGAGGGAGACUACGAGGUUCAGCAGCACAGCCUGGGCUAUUACCUGCCACACCUGGACCUGAGGAAGCUGCAGUGAGAGCUCCGCCUGAGGCUGCAGCGGAGCUUGGCUGGAACAGGAAUAAACCACAUUGGUCGGACACAGUCUCUGGGCCCUUCUUGACUUGCCCCUGACUAGUUCACAGGGGAUCAAGAUGGAAGGUUUUCCCUUUCACUGAGUCUUGAAGGACAACUGUCUUUUGGUUUCACGCCAUUUCGUCCCUCAGAGGCACCAGAACUGGCAAGAGACCCAGACAUUGUCAUCAUGGAACAUCAACAUCCCACCUCAGUGCGAGGUUUCCCUUCCUCGAAACCGUGGAGCACACCUCCCCUUGGCUCUAGUGCCGGCCACGACACCCACGUCCGUUCCUCCAUGUUUCCCCACCCCCAAAGUCCCCCUAACACUGUCUCAUUCCCUGAAGCUCAGGUUCACCAGGACUUCCAGACCAGUCUGCCUCAGUGGCUCCUCUCCCUUCGUGGGUCCUCCAAGAUGGGAAAUGGUCCAAGAAGGAAUGAGUGAGUCAGGAAGGACUUGGAGCUGAAAUCACUAGGUAUCCGGGAAGCCUCAGUCCCAGAGAAAUCCCAAGGCUUGAGAGCCAUAAUGUCUGCUUUGGAUAUAAAGAUAAAUAACACUCAGUGGGAAAGAAGAAACCUGAGGAGAAAGCUAGAUAGUCUUUCUUCAUCUUUCUCUGCACUGACUCCAGCUGUCUCCCAACAGAGGAGGGUCUCCCAGCAAGCAGCCCCAGAUGAGCUAGGCACGAGGCAAGCUGUGCUGUCUUGCUUUGGGAUUGUGGGAAUAGUUGGCGUGAUCUCUACACAUUUUGCAGACGACCACAGCUGAAGACACCCAAGGCAGAGAAGUCACAGCAAUGCCACCCAUUCAAACUGAUUUGGUGUGAGCUUCAUAUCCUCAGUCUUAAGCAGUCAUUCUCUGAGAAUGCCUUCUCUGGAGAUUAUAAUAAUGAUAACGAGAACUAUCAUUGUUGACGCCUUAAUAUCUACUAAGCAACAUGAGUGGCAAACUUUCCCAGCUGCACUCUCAAUCUCUAGCCCCCACGUGCAUCAUCUCAGGUACCUCCCCACCCCUUGAGAGCUGUGUUCCCAUUUUAUAGCUGAUGACAUGGAGGCUCAGAAAUACUAAACAACCAGGAAGCAAAAAAAAAAUUACUAAGAACCUAAAUUAACACCUCACCACACUAUCUGUCAAAGAAAAAGAGAAAAAGCUUUCUGAACUACAGACACACUCAACGUUGACCUGCCAAAGGCCUUCAGUCCAAGACCCAGUCAACUAUUGUUGACAUCAGGAAGCAGAAAUGUGAAUCCAGAAAAAUGUAGCAGGAGUCAUGAGGAAAAGAAAAAAUUCGGUGUAUCUAAAUCAGAAUUAGUUUUAAAACAAGAUGUUAAAACACAUUCUAAAAUUCCAGAUGAGUGCCUCAUGGAAGAAUAGAGGAGAGAAGAUUCAAAUUUAAAAUAACUCAUUUUUAGGGAAGAUAGAAAUGUUACAAAUAUUAUUUUUUAAUAACUCAUUCUCAGAUACUGAUGAUUCCAUGAGACAAAAGUUAAGUAAUGAUGAAAAGGAUUGGAAUAUUACCGCAGGCUGCUCAAGUAAACUGACAAUUAAAUCCCAGUGAGCUGUAGCUCAGUGAUAGAUGAAUGAUGCUGCAGGCGGUCUGUCAUGACAUCGUGAUCUCCAAAAUGGCACAUCAGUGUUCAUGAAUCAAGUUUCCAACACGUACAGAUAUUUUCAAAAGUGAGAAGUCUGUUAUUCCCUUGUACUGAACUCUGAAUUAACAUGCAACAAAGAACAGAAAAAUAGAGACCUACAAAUAGAUAUCUUCUUUGAGAACAUAAAAAAAAUAUUAUGUCGGAAUCUAUUGGAAUAUUAACACAAAAAGAAUAGUCCGUUUCAGCUAGGCGUGUUUUACCCUGACUGUGAGGGCAGAACACUAAAUAUUCCCAUGAUUUUGACCAGUCUCUGUUGAUUUUAAAAUACAAAUAACAUACACAGGAAGGAAAGAUAACAGUACAACAUGGAAAGAUCUCCUUUCUCCCCUUGCCAGAAACCCAGUCUUGCAGCUCAGAAAGAUCACUGUCUCUAUUGUCUGUGUCACACAAAAUAAUUUAAUACAAGAAAGUACUGG